CAGCGCUCGGAGGCAGCAGGAUGGGGGAGCACGAAGAGACGCCCGGGGGGCUGCAGGGCUUUGCCCUGGACAAGGACUUCCUGCGCUCCCCCAAGGGGGUGCUGAUGGAGGCAGAGCUGGGCCUCUGCUUCUUGGUGUUCUUGCUGUUAACGGCAUCCAUUUCAGCCUACAUGGGCGCUGCCCUGUUGGAGGUGUUGGUGACACUGGCGUUCUUAGGACUACGAGCGACGCACUACUACGAACGCCUGACCCGGGUCAACUGGCCCUGUCUGGACUUCCUUCGCUGCAUCAGCGCCGCGAUUGUCUUCAUCGUUGUGGCUUUCGCCGUCAUCGCUGCCAGCCACGAGGGCUCCGCUGUGUCUGCUUUCGUCUUCAGUCUUAUCCUUAUUGCGGUCUUCUGCUUCGAUGCCUACAAAACCUACAGGGCUGAGAUGGGAUCAGACCAGGACGCAGAUCUGGGCUGAGUGAACCAGCGUCCCCACCCACCCCAACACUGGUGGGUGAAAGCUAUGCACACAGAGC